AUGACUGCCGAAGUUUCGCAAUAUACCCUCCAGCGUUCGUCGCUUGAUCUGGAAGCACGAGAUGCAGAGACUUUACAGGACCCUCUUGGAAAAGAGAUCACUAUCGGUGACGGUAUAUCACGCCAAAGCAGCAGACACAUUGCGGAGUCGCUUUCUCUACCGCGUGAGAUUCUCUUCGUGGGCAUCAUAUGUACAGCACAGAUCACCACGCAAGCCGGCCUCGGCCAAGCACUCAUUAUCAUCCGAGAUAUAGCACGAAGUUUCAAUCUCACCGACCCCAGCGAAUUGGCAUGGCUGAUUGCUGGAUACAGCUUGACCGUUGGGACAUUCAUCCUCGUUAGCGGCAGAUUGGGAGAUAUGUUUGGUUACAAACGAAUGCUGAUCAUCGGGUAUGCCUGGUUCUCGGUCUGGUCAAUGAUCGCAGGGGUAGCUAUCUACUCAAAUCAUGUAUUGUUCAUUUUCGCUCGGGUAUUCCAGGGGAUUGGACCUGCUAUCCUCCUACCGAAUGCGGUGGCUCUACUUGGUGCAAGUUAUGCGCCUGGUAGUCCUCGGAAAGACAUGGUCUUUGCACUGUUUGGUGCCUGUGCCCCCGGUGGCUCGCUCAUCGGCUGUGCUUUCGCAGGAGUUUUCGCUUUGACAUGGUGGCCCUGGGCAUUCUUCUCUUUCGCCAUUGCUCUCGCUAUGCUUGCAGUGGUGUCUUACUUUGUCGUCCCCGAUGCGCAGCCAAGGAACCAAUUUGCCGGGUUUUCUCUCUGGUAUAAAAUCAAGCUCCUUGAUCUGCCUGGCGCCGUGGUGGGCAUCACGGCUCUAGUGCUGUUCAAUUUCGCAUGGAACCAAGCACCGAUUGUGGGUUGGCAGAAGGCAUACGUCUACGUGACAAUGCUCAUCGGAAUCCUGCUGGUGCCCUUGUUUUUCUAUAUUGAGCUUCGAGUCUCGAAAACGCCGCUUGUGCCUUUUGACGCACUUACGGCAGAUGUUGGAUUUGUGCUUUCUUGUAUCGUCUGUGGCUGGGCAUCAUUUGGAAUCUGGUUUUUCUAUCUGGUCAAUUUUCUGGAAAUCUUACGAGGCGCAUCACCGCUGCUGGCGGUGGCGUAUAUGAGUCCCGUUGCCGUCUCUGGUGCCAUUGCUUCUGUCGUUACCGGGUUCCUCUUGUCUAAACUUCGGCCAGCAAUGGUCAUGACGAUUGCGCUCACAUGGUUUACAGUUGGGCACAUCCUGGUUGCCACCACCCCUGUUCACCAAACAUACUGGGCGCAGACUUUUGUCGGACUGGUGGUCAUUCCCUGGGGCAUGGACAUGUCUUUUCCUGCGGCGACAAUCAUUCUCUCCAACGCAGUGCGUAAAGAACACCAAGGCAUUGCGGCCAGUCUCGUCACAACAAUCGUCAACUACAGCAUCUCGCUGGGACUGGGCUUCGCGGGGACCGUGGAAGUGCAUGUCAAUCACGGUGGACGUACGCCACAUGACCUUCUACUCGGGUACCGUGGCGCAUGGUAUCUUGGAAUCGGGUGUGCUGGGCUUGGACUGUGCGUCAGCAUUGUGUUUUUGUUGAGAGACUACUAUAAAGUCAACGGGAAGACGAAAGGUAGUACCUCGGAGUGA